UGUAUAUAUUACCAAGGCAGCCGCAGCCUGCAGGUCCUUCUCUCUGCCAAAACAGAGUUCAUCCAACUUCGUCGGAAGAUUCUCUUCAGAGUUUUUCUAACAUGGUAUCAAGGUUGCCUUGAGAGCCUCCUUGGAAGCCACUUUGGUUGUUGACGAUCAUUGUUUCACAUGCCACCUAGCUCUUUUCACACUCACAUGUUAAGAUUAUGAGAAGUUCUGACCCUGAGAAGCGUAGGAAGUAGUGGAAUUUAGGUUAAUCGGCGACAUUCCUUGGAGGGAGAAAAGAUGGACUACGUGUAUGGACCAGGAAGAAACCAUCUCUUUGUUCCAGGGCCAGUUAACAUCCCGGAACCUGUUAUUCGGGCCAUGAACAGGAACAAUGAGGAUUACCGUUCCCCUGCCAUUCCUGCAAUGACAAAAACUCUUCUGGAGGAUGUCAAGAUGAUUUUCAAGACUACUACUGGAACUCCUUUUAUGAUCCCAACUACGGGAACUGGUGCAUGGGAGAGUGCACUUACUAAUACCCUGUCUCCUGGAGAUCGAAUUGUAUCUUUCCUUAUUGGACAAUUCAGUCUGCUCUGGAUUGAUCAGCAGCAACGCCUUAAUUUCAAUGUUGAUGUAGUUGAAAGUGAGUGGGGUCAAGGUGCUAACCUUGAAAUUCUGGCAGAAAAGCUUGCAUCUGAUUACACACACACAAUCAAGGCUAUUUGCAUUGUUCACAAUGAGACUGCAACUGGAGUCACCAACAACCUGGCUACAGUGCGGAAACUACUUGAUCACUACAGGCACCCAGCACUACUUCUUGUUGAUGGAGUGUCCUCAAUUUGUGCCCUUGAUUUCCGUAUGGAUGAAUGGGGAGUCGACGUGGCUUUAACUGGCUCUCAGAAGGCACUUUCUCUUCCCACAGGAAUUGGUCUUGUCUGUGCAAGCCCCAAAGCUCUAGAGGCAUCCAAAAGUGCAAAAUCUGUCAGAGUUUUCUUUGACUGGAAUGACUACCUCAAGUUCUACAAACUGGGAACGUUUUGGCCAUACACCCCUUCAGUCCAACUGUUGUAUGGGCUUAGAGCAGCUCUGGAUCUUAUUUUUGAGGAAGGACUUGACAAUGUGAUUGCAAGGCAUAGCCGUUUGGGAAAAGCAACAAGGCUUGCCGUGGAGGCUUGGGGCUUGAAGAACUGCACACAAAAGGAGGAAUGGUACAGUGACACUGUGACUGCUGUCCUUGUUCCCCCAUAUAUUGAUAGUACAGAAAUUGUUAGAAGGGCAUGGAAGAGAUACAAUUUAAGCUUAGGUCUGGGCCUUAACAAAGUGGCUGGUAAAGUGUUCAGAAUAGGACAUCUUGGAAACCUAAAUGAGUUGCAACUGUUGGGUUGUCUAGCUGGUGUGGAGAUGAUACUCAAAGAUGUGGGAUAUCCAGUUAAGCUUGGAAGUGGAGUUGCCGCUGCCUGUGCAUACUUGCAGAACACCAUUCCUAUGAUCCCUUCCAGAAUUUGAUGAACCUGCUAUCCAUGUAAUUACUUUUCUUUACCAUCUGCUUCAGGGUACUCUGUAAAAAAUGUUUCCCUACUUUGCUUCUCCUCAGGCGUUCCGAAUCCCGUACUUGAUAUGUUACUUACUGUUUUAUGCUCUAUUUCAUAUAUGUUUAUUUUUGGGC